AUGGCGGCCUGCGGCGGCCUCAACAUCCAGAUGCUGCUGGAGGCGGCCGAGUACCUGGAGCGGCGGGAGCGAGAGGCCGAGCACGGUUACGCCUCGCUGCUGCCCGGCGGUAAGGACGGGGAGGUCCGGCGGCGCCGCGCCAAGGCCCGGAAGAGCGGCGGCGGCAGCAGGUCCACACACAAUGAGAUGGAAAAGAACAGGCGUGCCCACCUGCGGUUGUGUCUGGAGAAGCUGAAAGGACUCGUACCGCUCGGACCCGACGCCAGCAGACACACCACCCUGAGUUUACUAACGAAAGCGAAAUUGCACAUCAAGAAGCUUGAGGACUACGACAGGAAAGCCGUACACCAAAUAGACCAGCUGCAGCGGGAGCAGCGGCACCUGAAGAGGCAGCUGGAGAAGCUGGGGAUAGAGAGGAUAAGGAUGGACAGUAUCGGAUCCACUGUUUCUUCAGAGCGCUCCGACUCGGAUAGAGAAGAGAUCGACGUGGACGUGGAGAGCACAGACGACCUUCCUGCGGACCUCGACUGGAGCAGCAGCAGCCCAAGCGACUCGGACGAAAGAGGGAGCCUGCAGAGCGUCUGUAGCGACGAGGGCUAUUCCAGCUCCGGCGUGAAGAGGUUGAAGUUGCAGAGCAAUCGCAAACCUUCUCUCGGUCUAUAAGAAGCAACUCCUGUAGCUGUUUCCGUCGCUGUUUCCCUUUUGGAUCUCGUUAGGUAGCACACUGGACUGUCCCGCCAUUCUCUUGCACGUAAAAAAUCUUAACCUACCGCCGACCGAAAGGAAGCGGAGCUUUCCCCGAGUCCCAAAACACCGCGUAGGGCUGCGGGUGGCAAGCUGCUCCCCGAGCGCACCUCCGCUCGCAUCCGCUGGCUUCUCUUCCCAUCCGGAACCUCCUCUCUGCGAGACCGUACAUUCCAGCCAUAUUUUGAAGCGC